AUGGCCAAACUCUUUUUAAUCUUCACCAUUCAUUCCCUAGCUUAUGGGACAAGUUUGAUUAUAUUCAUUGAUUUUCAUUCUCCCUUACCCGUAGCUUCCCCCAUAAGCCAAGUGAAUUCAUUUCCUUCUCCUACAAGUUGGCUUCCUCAACAAGCCAUUAGACUUCCCCAUUCCUCUCUUCACCGUAAGCUUCCUCAAGAAGCUAAGAGGAUUCUCCUUUCCUUCCUUCUCCUACACGCCAGUUCCAAGGGAAAAGAAAACAAAAUUUCCUCCUCACCUCUCUUCAUCUAUCGAUUUCCAAAGCACCUGAAGGAGAGAAAAUCUCCUCAAGUCUCCUUCAGUACACGAAGAACCCUUCGGGUUCCCCUCUCCCAGCCGCGCGAUACCUCUCGGUUCUUCAAGCCGAUUCUUCCACUUUGUAAACCUAAGUUUCCACCGAAAGCCUUCAAGGAAACUUCAUCGUCUUUGAGAUUUUUGGGAUUUCUCUUCCCUUUCGCAUCUGCUGUGUUUCCGUGGCUUGAAAAGGGGAUGAAAUCAGGUAUGAAUGAUGGGGCUGUGGAGCUAGGCACUGCUGAGGAGGGAAGGGCUGAUGCUUAGUAUUUCCCUGUCGGUUCGGUUUAAUGAUAAUAGUUAUGUUUUAUGUUUUAUGAUGGGUCCCAUGUCGGGACGUUUUGUUGGUUUGACUUAAAGACAAUAUGUCCUUGGGCAUGAUGUAUAUAUUGAGGUGAGAUGAUAGUAAUAGUGUAACUUCUAUAGUGGGGUGAUGGUAACCCCACAUAAGAAGGUUAAACGUAUUUUGGAUAUGUUGUAGGGACGAAGUCCCCUUUUUAUUGGAACUAGUGAUGUUUUAAAUGAAUGAAUGGUGGACUCUGAGAGUCCUUUGGUAA